AUGGAUAUGUCAACCUCUCUAAUAGAGUUGAGCAGUAGUUGGGAUCAGCAACUCGUCGCUGCAGUAGGCGGUCUGAACGAAGCUCAAGCCGCGGAAGGUGUCAUGCUCGCUGCUCAGAGUAUAGCUCGCUGCUACGCCGAACGGCUGAACAGUUUCAAUGUCGCCGUCUCCCUCCCAGCAGAGAUACUGGAAGCUAUCUUCUAUGCCGUCAAAGAUGCCCUGGCUAGCAAAGAGACGUCUGUCACUAGGUCGCCCCAGCCUCUUCCGCCUCCCCAGCCUUAUCCAGGGUAUCCACCCUACAUACCGUACACUCCACCUCCGCAAACCCACAAGGAGACACGAAACGUCUUUCUUUCUGGCGCUGGAUGGGUAUCUCUUACACACGUCUGUCGUCGUUGGAGACAGGUAGCCCUCGGCUGUUAUGGCCUCUGGUGUGAUAUUGAUGUCAACUUGUAUGGUACUGUGAUCUGUAAGGAGAUGCUGAUGCGCAUUGGGUCGAGGGCUUUCUCGCUGUCAGCCGACCUCCAGACGCAUAAAGAGCUCCUACUUGACGUGUCCUUGAGAGAGCGUGUCCCUGCGCAGCUCUCGAGUCUGACAUUGAACAUGGAUCUCCUCAUGGCUCGUCCUGGUGCGAUUCUCGAUACACUAUUCUCGUACAUCGACGGUCGGACGAAUCCAGCUCUCAGACAGCUGCGGAUGAGCGGAUCAUCUCCGCAGAGCAUAUCUUGGUCGACAUUGACGCCUGUCCUGCCAAGUCUUACCUCGCUAUACCUCUUAUACCUCGCCCCUCGGGGUCACAUCCCCGCAUCACUAUCAAUGCUGACCGACCUCACAUUGCACAAGGUUGAUCUGAUGAACCAUGGUCCCGAUGGUCCCGACAUGUCUGGCUUCCUGAAGCUCAUCUCCGCUAUGCCCGUAUUGGAGUCAGCCGUCUUCCUCGACUGCUCAUUUGGGCAUGAUCCCUUCAUCCCCGAGAAUGAGAUCCUGGAGAACGCUUCGCUUCCGCCGACCGUGCGGCUGGCUCAAUUCGAGGCCAACAACGACUGGACGUUGCCGCAGUGCCACGCUCUGUCGCGCGUGCUAGGACAGACUACGGGCGAUCGCGUGUUCAAGCUCAAUAACUUGACCAACUUCCAUGUUGCGCAGACGUUCGCACUAGACGUGCGAGCUGCCCUGGAUCGCGGGCUUUAUGUUCAUGAAGUCGCCAUUGAGCUUAUAGGGUGGGACUCACUCGAUCUAUCCAUCGAGUUCAGACGCGCGCAUAGUGCCGCAGUCGAAGUGCAACCCUUACGCGUAUGCUUUCACGGAGUCUCCACGCGGUCUAUCUGGCAUCAGUUUUGCGACUGCAUCACAGACAUCGACACAAGAGAUGCAGACUUGCGCAUUAUAUGCGAUAGGUCUACUCCGGACAUGUACAACCAGGACAUCAAUAUCCUGUCAGGGCUUCGUCGGAUGUCCGUGACGUCGAUAUAUAUCACGGGCAAAUUGGGAUCCUACAUCGCUGCCGGCCUCUUCACUGCCUUGCGCGAGUCUGAUCCCGACGACGAAGCCGACGGGGACGCCAUAGUGCUGGCUUUUCCGAGAUUGCGAGACAUUGGCAUAGAGUGCCCUCCGCAGGCGAUCGUUGAAGAGACCAACGUCAACGUCGGCGCGGCUGAUAUGUUGACGAAAGACCUUGAUGAAGCCGCGCUGCUUCUGCUAUGGUACGCUCGUGCGCGGCAUCUGUGCGGGGCCAAGCCACUACGAACAGCGGCGCUACCCGUGGAUCUGAUGCAUAAGCGCUGGGUGGCCGAACUCGACGAUCUCCUUGAGGACAAGGUCGUCCCAUACGACACGUUCAUGAAGAAAGAGAGUGAGGUGGAUUGCAGAGCACUUGUUCUGUAUCGUCCCGUACUUCGCGCGUUGGCGUUUUGGGAGACGUGGCUAUGGGCCAUUACACCGCUGAUAGGAACGUUGGGAAUCAUAUGGUCAAGUUCGCGUCGAAGAUAG